AUGUCCGCGCCGGUGAAACUGGAGCAGCCGCCCGACGAGCUGCUCAUGGCCGAGGACGACCUGGCGCUGCAGGUCGAGGACCCGGUGCUGUCGCCCGAGGAACUGGCGCGGGCGACGGCGAACGAGGCGGAAACGGCCGCGAGCCGCGAGGCAGCCAAGACGGAGCAGCUCCAGGCCAUGAUCUGGUUCCUGUACCAUGGCGGUGUGCUGCCGUCGAUCAUUCCGACCAAGAUGAGCGCCAAGGAAUGGCGGGACGAACUGGGCGAGGCGUGGGAGAUCAAGAAGACGAGCGCGGGGACGAAACACGCCCAGGCCGACAGCUACAGCACGGAGGGCGAGAUGCCCGAACUCUUCCCGGGCGGGUGGGAGGAUGAGUCCAAGCUCCGCACGCGCGUCACGGUGUUCUCGAAGAGUUACUGCCCUUACAGCCGCCGCGCCAAGGGGAUUAUCGGCAAGUACGACCUGGACCCGCCGCCCUUCAUUCUGGAGUUGGACCACAGGCCAGACGACAUGGACGCGAUCCAGGACGCCCUCUACGCGCUCACGGGAAGGCGCACCGUGCCCAACGUCAUUGUCGACUUUGAACCUAUCGGCGGAAGCGAUGAGGUGGCCACGCUGCACGGAGAGGGCAGCCUGGAGAAGAAACUCCUCAGGGGCCAGACCAAGUUUGUCUUCAAUGCGAAUGGGGAGCUGGAGUCGCACGAGAUCUAG